AUGGGGACGGGGCUUGGGUAGCAACCGUAACUAGAGAGCCGGUGGAGGAGAAAGUGGCGGCAGCUGGAGGCCAGGAGAGAAAACUCCACAGAGAAGAAUGUCAGAUGCAGAGGAAAACCCAUUGGAAGAAACAGAAGAAGAUGGAGAAAUAGAAGUGGAAGAAGAAGAUGAAGAAGGAGAAUAUGCAAAUUAUAAAGAGCUAGAAAGUGCGCAACAGCAAUCAACAAACAGUAACAUGCCAGGAUGGAGGGAAUCUCAGGAGGAGGGGGAGGAGGAGGAAGACGAGGAUGGGGAGGAAGAAGAGGAGGGGGAGGAGGGGAAGGAGGAAGAAAAGGAAGAUGAGGAAGAAUGGGAAGAGGAAAAGAGAGUGGAAGAGAAAGAGGAUGGAGAGGAAGAGGGGGAAGAAGUUGGGGAGGAGGAAGAGGAGGCUACAGGAGCACAGGAAGAAACCACAGUGCAGCCCCAAGAAAUCACCGAGCCCGUGGUCAGUUUGGAGGGACUUACACAGGCUGAUUCCCAGUCAAUCUCCUCUUAUUUUUUUAAGAAAAUCCAUAGUGGUAGCGCAUCAAAGCAUUCAUUACAAUCAGAGCUUUCGGAAGCAACUGAGCUUUCAAGAGACCUGGUCGCACAAUUAGAAUUUCUCGAUUUGGAUCUAACCACUUCUGGGGAGCAACAGCUUCGUUUCCCUGAAAGGCAGCCCUCAGGCGAGCCUGGGGAGAAAGCCAAACAGGGGCCCCAAGAUGAAUCGGAACAAGAAACGAGAGACUUGGGAGCAGAAAGGGAAGCCUUGGAGCCCGAAAAGAGAGAAAAGAGAAAAGGAAAGAGGGUAUCAUACGAACAUGAGAGAAACGAGAAAGAAUUCCAGCCCAAAGCAAGGAGCCCCAGUCAGUCCCUGGUGUCCAUCACCACCGGGGACAUUUUGUUCCAAAAGGACGACAGUGCCAACGUGUAUCCCUUGACCAUGACUUGGUCAUUCGGAUGGAACAGUUCUCUUCCUGUUUACUACAUUCGAGAUGAAAACCAGACAGUUCUUCUGUAUGCUAGUGCUCACAACGCGGUCAUCUACAAUGUCCUCAAGAAUAAUCAGCACCAUCUUCAGGGCCACCCCAACGUGAUCUCCUGCCUCUGCAUCAGCGAAGACAGGCGGUGGGUCGCCACGGCCGACAAAGGGCCCAACUGCCUGAUAAUCAUAUGGGACUCCUUCACUGGCAUUCCUGUGCACACAAUAUUUGACAGCUGCCCAGAAGGGAACGGCAUCCGGGCCAUGGCUAUCACCCGUGAUGCCAAGUAUCUGGCAACCAUCUCCGAUGCUGAAAUCCAGAAAGUGUGCAUCUGGAGGUGGACGUUAGCAGUGGAGACGCCAGCGUGCACACUGGAUCUUCCCAGAGAGUAUGGUUUCCAGAAUUACCUUACUUUUAAUCCAACAAAUAAUAAAGAAUUGGUGAGCAAUAGUAAAACACAGGCAAUUUAUUAUAUGUGGUAUGAAGAGGGAGAUACACUUACUCACAGUGCCCCACUUUUAACGGGAAAGACAUUCAACAAGCUCGUGGGAAAAUUUAGCCAGUCCGUCUUUCAUUUGAAUUUAACCCAAAUACUGUCGGCGACCAUGGAAGGCAAGCUGGUUGUCUGGGACAUUGACCGCCCACUGCCAUCUGCCUCCAGCUCUUUGGGCUUUCCCCACAUCAAACCUUGUAAACUGGUUCAUUUGCAGAAGGAGGGUAUCACGGUGCUUACUACAGUUGAUAGCUAUAUUGUCACAGGCGACAUUAGGGGUAACAUCAAGUUCUAUGACUAUACCCUGUCCAUUGUUAACUGGUACAGCCACUUCAAACUGAGCUCCAUAAGGACCCUGUCCUUUUCAAAGACCCCGGCCUCUCCUCCCACCGAAAAUACAAACUACCCUCCAGACUGCACUUUAAAAGGCAACUCUUUUAUUGUAAGGAAUCUUAUCAUCGGGACAGCGGAUGCGUCAGUGUACCACUUGACGACGGAUGGGACCAAACUUGAGAAGUUAUUUGUAGAGCCCAAGGAUGCCAUUUGUGCCAUCUCCUGCCACCCGUAUCAGCCCCUCAUCGCCAUUGGGAGCUUCUGUGGGAUGAUCAAAGUGUGGGAUUAUGAAAAGAAAAAAUACCUCUUCAGCAGGGUCUUUGAGAAAGGGCUUGGAGUCCAGAGUCUGACCUACAACCCGGAAGGGACUCUUCUUGGAGCUGGCUUCACGGAGGGGACAGUUUACAUUCUUGACGCAAUGUCCUUAGAGAGUGAAAUCCCAGAGCCUUUCAAAUAUUCCAGAAGCAGCGUGACCCACAUCAGCUUCUCCCACGACUCCAAGUACAUGGCAACUGCCGAUGUACUUUUCACUGUGGCCGUUUACGUGCUGAGAGUCAAAAAUGGACGAAGGGUCUGGGAAUAUCUGGCGAGACUUCGUUCUCAUCGCAAGAGCAUUCGAAGUGUCCUGUUCGGGGUUCAUCUGGACAGCAAUGAGCCCAGACUGCUGAGCCUCGGGAGAGACAGACUCUUGAUCGAGUAUAACCUUCCCAAGAGCUACAGAGACCACCUGGAAGUCCUGGACAUCCACCGAACCGACCAGGGCAGCUGCCCCACCUGCAUGGUCUGGUACCCGCCACUCACCAAGGAGCUCUUCCUGCUCGUUUGCAACAGUGGCUACAAAGUGAAACUUUUUAAUUCUACCACAAAAAUGUGCAGAAAGACGCUCCUCGGGCCAGUUUACGGCUCUCCCAUCGAGCAGGUACAAAUCCUCCCGGCAAAAACACCUAUGGAGCUGCAGAAACGCUACCUGGUGUUUAUUAACAGAGACAAGGUUGGACUUCAGAUCUUGCCAGUUGAUGGCAAUCCACAUAAGACUUCUGCGCUUGUCUGCCACCCAAGCGGGGUGGCUGGACUGACCCUCUCCUACGAUGGCCGCUAUGCCUUCACAGCAGGAGGCCAGGACCGAUCGGUGGCACAGUGGGAAAUCAACUUAAGUGCCCUGGAGGCAGUGGUUUCUCUUGGGGGUGAAGACCUGACUCCCUUCUAUGGUCUGGUGUCUGGUGGCAGGGAAGGAAAAUUCUACAGGGAGCUGGAAGACUAUUUUUACUACUCUCAGCUCCGUAGUCAAGGUAUUGAUACAAUGGAGACCAGAAAGGUGUCAGAACACAUUUGCCUGUCGGAGCUUCCUUUUGUCAUGAGAGCAAUCGGCUUUUACCCAUCGGAAGAGAAGAUUGAAGAUAUGUUUAACGAAAUCAGAUUUAGUGAGUACGUGGACACUGGGAAGCUAAUCGACAAAAUCAACUUACCAGAUUUCUUCAAAGUUUACCUCAAUCACAGGCCACCCUUUGGUAACACCAUGAGUGGCAUUCAGCAGAGCUUUGACAUUCUUGGUUUUACCAAUUCAAAAGGAAAGAAAGCUAUUCGAAGAGAGGAUUUCCUGAAACUGCUUCUAACCAAAGGGGAGCACAUGACGGAAGAGGAGAUGUCUGACUGCUUUGCCACUCUGUUUGGAUUGAAUCCAGAGGGGUGGAAAUCCGAGCCCGCGGCCUCCUCCGUCAAAGGUUCAGAAAUUUGCUUUGAAGAACUUCCAGACGAAAUCACUGCAGAAAUAUUCACAACUGAAAUUCUUGGCUUAACCAUUUCCCAAGAUUUCAGACAAGAGCCUACGGUCAGUGAAGCUAGGAGGAGUGUCUGAAGCACAAAAGACUUUGUGUGUGUGUGUGUGUGUGUGUGUGUAUGUGUGUGUGUGUGUGUGUUUCCAAGAGGCACUGCUUUUCCCACAUUUCCCUAUCCCCACUCUAAUCUUCAGAGAGUUUAGACAUUAAAAGCAAAUUUCUGUUAAGCAAUGGAAUUCACCAAGUUAGACAUUCCGUUGUUUCUGAAAUAGAAAAGUGGGCAGAGGCAAGAAAAACACUGGCAGCUGGAUCGGCUUGGUGGCUGGAGACCCUGGCUGCCUUCUCAUGCCUAAUGCAAGGCAGUGCUGCCUGGAGGGGGUUUGGACAGGACACUGAGGUGACAUGGUCCCCAGGGGGCAGAGGGGACCUCCUGCUGUCCUCCUCAUGGCAUGUGUGGCCUUAUUCCCGCCCCCUCGAGUGGCACCUGGACCCUUUGCCUAACGUGGCCUGAUACAGAGCUUCCCCACAGCUGGGAGGUUGGGGCGGGGGCGUUGAGUGCUCUGUGCUCCUGAAAGCCCCAGCUUGUGGCUUCUUAUCAGCAAAACACCCAAGCAGUUGUGUGCGGCCGUUACGAAGAGCAUCACUGGCCAUGCUUAACCCCGGGGGCAACUGCCAGAGAGGAUGCAAAAAAGCGCCCCCGGCGCCCUGUGUGCGCUGCACCUGGACCAGAAACCACAGGGCUGGCCUCUCCGGUGCACAACGCGCCAGGCCUGAGCACCUGCCCCUCCCACACGCACACGCACCGCACAAACCACGGCUGCCUCAGAUUCUGCUGGGCUUCAACACCACAGUAGGUAGAAAUGGGCCAGUUCCGGCUCUGGGGGUGUUUAGGGGGCGUGAUUAAGUUUUCAGUGAUGUUGCGACCUUGUAAACAGAGCAUCAUCGUCUUGUAAACAGAUGAAAGUUAUGGUCUGAUUUUACGAGUUUUGACAUCUGUUAUGAGGUCUCAUUCUGAUGAAUGUGGCAAAGGUUAUUCUCCACGCACACUCAGUCCAACAUGCCCGCCCACCUGAACCAGCUCUUCCCGAGAAAUCAGCAUUUGAGAGAAAUGUUUCUGAUCCCUGGAAAGGUCCUCCCUCCUUGGGAGCUGAGGUCCACGUGAGGAGCAGAACAGCCCCAGGCACAGAGCCCCCAUGCACGGCGUCCUCUGUGAGUCAGGUGCAGCCCAGGGCGCAGAACGGAGCCGCCCGCCCUGGCCAGGCGGUGUCACCGCGGCCACGGGACGGAUGGUGGGGGAGUUCCCGCAGGCCCCCGCUCAUCAGGUUGUGUUGCCAGGGCUUUGCAACCUGGUUUACAUUUUGUUCUUUUUUAAAAACACGAAAAGAAGAACAAGCUUUAUGAAUCAACUUUGCAGCUGCUAAGGGCUUAGGAGAUGCGAUUACCAAGCCAGUUAGAAAGUUCCUGGGGACCUUUUAGGGAAUAGAAAAUUCUCAAAUGACUUGUUCUCUUCAAAAAGUAACUCGGAAUUGGAUGCAGUCUGGACACCAACCAGGGGCUUCUCUCAUUAAGUCCGGCUCUCUCUAUUUGGUUCUUAUCGACAUUUUUUGGAGUAAUUGUCUGGAGCAGAACCUGCCAGUGACCAGUUGGCCCCGCUGUGGCUGGGCCAUUGCACAGGAGCCACUGUUGGGCCCAGGCUGAGCUGCUCCCUCUGCUGAGCCGGCUUCCUGCGGCCCUCUAAGUCAGUAUGGGGAAGGGGAGGCCCUGGUUAUGGCCGUUCAUCCAGGAAGGCCCAAAAUAGCAAGGGACAACAGGAUCUGUGUCAACAGCAUCCCCGGCCUGCUCCCAGCCCAGCCUGGCCAGGGGGCCCUUCUCACCCUGCCUGCAGAUGCUCCUCCUGUUGGGGUGUCUCUCGGCUUCUCUGACCAGGGCGGAGAGCGGCCCCUGUGCACCUGUCAGCCCCAGGAGGGCAUCUUCACCUCCCGCCCGGGGCAGGUACGCCUGCUGGCCACACAAGUGGUGGAGAGGAAGGGCUCCAGCGCCCCGGUCCAGGGGAGGAGGCGGAGGACGGCCUUCCUGCCAAGUGAGCAGAGAGCUCAGACUCUCCCAGCGGUGUGGGUGGCGGAGCAGCAACACCAGACAAGGAGGAAGGAGGGACGGAAGACAGUACCCGUUGGGCUUGUACAUCAAGAUGCAGGGACACAACACUGACCACCAAAAAGCACAGAGUGAUGUUCUUUUGGAAAAAGAAUGUAUUUCAUGUGGAGGCUCUGGCUACCGACCUCUGCAUCCUGGCCUGUUGCUUCUAGAAUUCAGGAGCACGAGAAAUAGCAGUGGUCAUCCAGGAGCCACCAAGAGCCCCCCCCAACCCCCACUCUCUCCUCCAGACCCCCAAGCCCCUCCUGCCUGAGGUGAGCAUCUUGUUUGCACAGCAGGGCCUUGGAAGCCCAUGGGCUGGGCUGGACUGGGAUCAGGAUUCUGCCGCUGCACUGAGUGGCUCCCUGUGUGCCCUUGGGUGUGGCUAAUCUCUUAAACCUCAGUUUCCUCCUGGAACAGCUCCUGGGGUGGUGACGAGGAUUAAAAGAGACAGUGCAAAUAAAGCAUUCCUGGCAUAAGGUAGCGCUCAAAAUAGGACAGCAGCUAUUCCUACUGCAGGCAGGAACUGUGCCUGAGGCUCGGGAAGACGUCUGAUGAGAUUGAACCUCUCCCAACUCCAGGGUUUCCGCGUCAGUUAACACUUGCUCAAUUGGGGUCUCGGCUGGACUUGAUAAAGGGCCCUGAAUAAAUAUUUGUGGGAUGAUUGAAUGAAUGAACUUGAAGCUUCAGUGCUCUUUUAAUAGCUGACUUUGCUUUUGAAUCAAAGUGAAUCCGGUCCUCACGGACCGUCUACAGCAGGGUCAGCAGACUCUCUGGAAAGGGCCAGAGAAGAAACAGUGGAGCCCCGUGGGCUGAGUGGGCUGUAGGGACGCCCCACCCCGGCCCUGGGAGCGCAAAUGCACAUGCACACUCUGGUCCAGGAGAGAACGAACGUGGCCCCAUUUCCAAUCAAACUUUAUUUAUGGAUACUGAAAUUAAUUUGGAUUUCACAACAAUUUCCAUAUAUCAUGAGAUGAUCUUCUGAUUUUUUUUCCCAACCAUUUAAAAACAUGAAAGCCAUUCUUAACUUGCGGGCCGCACAGAGACGGCAGCCCGGAUGCAUCCUACCCACUGCAGGUUGCUCCACCUCUUCGGCCAGGAUGACCCUUUCCAACAGAGUUUUACAAAUGCAAGGAAAGUGUACAAACCACGUGACUAGUACUCUUCAAAAAUGCCUGGGUCAUGACAAAGGAGAGGAGACUGAGGAACCAUCGCUAGUUGGAGGAGACUCGGGGGACGCGAUGACCAAAUGCGAAUGAAGCCAGAUCCUGGGUUCCUGGAACAGAAAGAGGACAUUAAGAUGCACCAGUGACACCCAGAGGAAGUGACUUCACUGACGUCACUGCACCACAGUCAAUUUCUUGUAUCUUGUUUACGUGAACGUGUACACGAGGGAAGCAGGUCUGUGGGAACUCUGCGUCCUAACUUUGCAGUUCUCCCGCAAACCUGAAAUACUUCACCAUUAAACCUUUAUUGAAAAAUGAAACCUGUACCUCUUUUCUGUCUCAGUCACCCCUGGAUUGUUCCACAAUCUGCCCCGUGCCUCUCAGCUCUUGAGCAAAGUCUCCUGCAGCUGGUCAGAGCCGCUGCUCCUGGGUGACCCCCCGGGCCAUCUGUUGGCUGCAA